AUGUGGAUGUACUUUGUCUCAGAUAGACCUGAAGACGAUCCUCGAAUAUCACCAUCUGAACUUGCCUAUCUUAAGAAAACUCUCGAGCCGAACAAUGACAAAAAGAUUGUAUCACAUCCAUGGAAAGAAAUCCUCAAAUCACCAGCAGUGUGGGCCAUUUUUGCUAUUUAUUUUAGUGAAGUCUGGGGACAUAACACAAUGGUUACACAGCUUCCAUCAUUAAUGCGUGAUGUUUUAGGUUCUAAAAUUCAAAAAACUGGAUUCAUCUCAGCACUUCCAUAUAUUGCAACGACUGUUACAAUGGUGAUUUCAAGUUACCUUGCUGAUUUUUUGCUUUCAAAAAAAUAUUUAACAACAACUCAGGUAGUCAUAAAAAAUAUAUUGCUCUUAAAUUGUGUGUGUAUAUUACAUAUGAAAUCAAGGGGCUAUUAA